AUGGAUGAUGAAUAUGUACAGUUUUCCCCAAAAGCGUCUCAAUACAAUAAAGGCCCCAAAAAGUGUCCAUUUAAGAAAAGCCCAGAGAAGUUAACAUUUACUGGUAACUUUACACCAUGGCAUCAGCAAUUUUAUAUAUCUAAAGCAGAACAACGUAAUAGUUUGCGCUUAGAUAUUUUGAACACUGUGAUGAAGAAAACUGAGUCGAAAAUGUCUCAACAAAAGGCUGUGGAGAAUUUUCCAGACGAUAACCCUUUAUAUGAGGACCCGAAAGAUUUAUUAGUGAAUCGAUCAGCAAAGCCUCCUCGAAAGAAGAAAAUGCAUGCUAACUCAUAUGCUGGCAAAGAAGGGAAAGCGUUACUCAAGGAGCAAAAGAAGAAACUUAGCAAAAAGUAUGAAGGUCUUAUAACUGCCCUAAUGGAUAGAUGUGAAGAGAAUGUUGUUGCAAUAUCUGAAAAAGAUGCUCACAUAGCAAAAUUAAAAGAAAAGCUAAAAGCUGUCUUAGAAUAUAAUAAACUUUUCGCCAGUGAAAAUGACCGUCUUAAGUGCGAACAUGCAACUCUAGUCAAGUAUGCUGAAGAGUGUAAAAGAGUGAUUAAAGAAGAAAGGGAGAGAAACGUCGAUUUGCAGAGCAAAUGCAAGAAUUUGCAGGAGAGAGUGAAACAAUUUGAAAUACCUGAUAAAGAACAUUCCGAGCCCUCCACAGCCAUUCCCCUAGUCGAAGUAUGCAUGAACUGCAGCAGCAGACAGAUCGUGUUAAACCAAGCCCGCGAUCAUAAUUCUCGCCUGCAGAAAGAUAUGCAAGCUCUUAAGGAUGUAUUGUACAGGCUAAACGUGCAGCUCUCCCGCUACCAAGAGAAAUUACGCAGCAACGCACCAACUUUAUCCACAGAUAACAAAGCCACGAACAAGUACGAAUGCUUGGAUUCACUCAUCACCGCCAGUCUGGGGCACAAACGAGAAUCUGGAAUCGAAGAUUCUGCAGCAAAGAAAGAAAAUCACGAAGAAAGCCACACGAGACUUGUAGAUUUAUCCGGAUUGCUGAGCGCACAAGCAUUAGCACCUCUAUUUGACGCAUAUCAAGAAAACCUUCAAGAAAAAGACAAUCUUAUUUUAGACUACGAAAAGCAAUUUGAGAAUAUGAACAAGAAAUCUAAACAAGUAAUUAGUGAAAAUAAAUCUUUAAGCGACAAAGUCGAGGCUUUAGAAAACGAGCUGCAGCAUGUGAGACAGAGCUAUAAGAGAAUCGUAGUGGAUAAAGAGACGGCAGAUAUUGAAAAGGCGACUUUGACCGAAAGGGCAGAGCGAGCAGAGUCUAAGUUAAAAGAAGUAUAUGAGUUGUAUGAAGAUAAAAUGGCAGCAAUGAUCCGCGACUACGAAACGGUUCAUCGUGAGUACUUCGCCGUGAAAAAUGCUCUGGAAGCUUCUGCCGGGAAGAUAACUCAACUGGAUGCGAUGCGUGCCAGGACUGUACCAGCUGAUUUGCACGAGCGAAGAUUGGACCAUUGCAAACGGUUACUAGAAGAGCUAAAACAUCAGUACUCGAUGGAAAACGAGCGGAAGACAGAACAAUUAAAGAAGCUACAAGACGAUUUUCGGAGCACAGAGGAGAAGUAUAAUAAGAUUUGUCAAGAACAUGAGGCUGUAAAGGAAGAGUUGCGAACCGCUUUAAAAAAUGUCAGAUUAUACCGCCGGGCUGCUGUAAUAUUUCGGCAUCGAGCCCGCACGGCUGCGGCUACAGCGACCCGGGUGCGUCGCUCUGUACGCACCAAACGCACCAAUAACGAGCCCUUACGACACGCACUGUACGCACUCGACAUGAUCAAGAAUGAGAUAAAGACAGUCAAAUCUCGCGCAUACACAUCUCUCGAAGAAUUGGAGCGUCGCAUAGUGGAACAAGAGAAGCGAGCAGCUCACGCCCAGGCUGAGUACCGGCGGGAGCUGGAGAGAGCCUCCCUCGCAUUGGAACACAAGGAGGGCAUCAUUAGGAGCCUUAUUGACAAGGUGGCUGAUGUAGAAGAAGUGAGGUUGAGUCAAACCAACACCCACCGUCUGCAAGGCAUUGUGAUGGAUUCAUCGUCAGAAUCAGCUUCAGCAAAGGAUAAAGAAAAGAAACAAUCUAAAGCUCCUGUCAAACUAGUCCCGGUUUCAGGCGGCUAUUUUCAAGAGAAAGAAAGAAAAGGGAAAACAUUUUUGAAGAUGAUACUAAUAACGAUCGGUUUAUCACUAGCUCUAUUAAGUUGUGGACGAGCCCAAAACCCUAAUUGCGACUAUAGUCAGUAUGUACAACCAAACCGAGUGUACUACGUCUAUAGUCCAAACUAUCCUGGCAACUAUUCCGCUGGGGUUCAGUGCAGGUGGAUAAUGGUUUGUCCAAUAGGAUACAACUGUCAGCUGGACUGCUCCGAGAUUAAUUUACCUGAGUCUCCUUCGUGUUAUAUGGACCGGCUCCUCCUGUCAAGAAAUGGAGACCCCCAAUUAGCGUCAGCAGAGUACUACUGCGGUCGUGGCACAUUAAAUGUGAAGUCAAAUGAGCGGAGACUAUCCUUAGGUCUGAUUUCAUCGAACCAGAGUCCUGGCGGUCGGUUCUAUUGUGAGCUGAGGGCAAGGCCUGCUACAAUCAGCCCGACGAGAUGUAGAUGCGGUUACAAAAAACUGAACCGUAUUGUAGGCGGUCAAGAAACAGGUGUAAACGAGUACCCGAUGAUGGCGGGAGUCAUAUAUGUGGACCUCCGUAGUAUCAAGUGCGGUGCUGUCAUCAUUAGCAACCGGCGCGUGAUGAGCGCCGCGCAUUGUGUCAUCAGGAAGACGGCCAGGGAGCUGGGCGUUGUGGUUGGCGAACACAACGUAAAUGUUGGCGAUUCACCAGCAACGCAAGUAUUCAGGGUUACUAAUAUCAACAUCCACCCGCAGUACACGGAGGCCAACUAUGAUUACGACGUAUCGAUACUGACUGUGGAGCGGGAGAUUGUGUUCAGCGACCGCGUCGGUCCAGUCUGCUUGCCUUUCAAGUUUCUUACUAGAGACUUCACUGGAGCUAAACUUACUGUAUUAGGUUGGGGCACUUUGUUCCCCGGUGGUCCGACGUCCUCGACCCUACAGAAAGUGGAUGUAGACGUGAUCAGUCAACCUGCAUGCCGGCGCAGCGUGCCAUCGGUCACGCCGCGACAAAUUUGCACCUACACUCCGGGGAAAGACUCCUGUCAGGACGACUCCGGCGGGCCGUUGCUGUACACGGACCCGUCCAACGGGCUGCUGUACAGCGUAGGCAUCGUCAGCUACGGCGCGUUCUGCGCGUCCGGCGAGCCCGCCGUCAACGCGCGCGUCACCACGCUCCUGCGCUGGAUACUCACGACCGCUAACGACGAUUACUGCAGGAUAUGA